UUAGCAGUGGUGUGAAGCCUCAGGAAGCUGGCCUACUUCAAGGUGCACAGUGCCUGAGAAAGGCACAUGAGAAGCCAUGGCGCUCCCUUUUCAAAAAGAGCUGGAGAAAUACAAGAACAUCGAUGAAGAUGAACUCCUUGGCAAGCUCUCAGAGGAGGAACUGAAACAGUUGGAAAAUGUUCUAGAUGACCUAGAUCCUGAGAGUGCAAUGCUACCCGCUGGAUUCCGACAGAAAGACCAGACACAGAAAGCAGCCACUGGCCCAUUUGACCGAGAACACCUCCUCAUGUACCUGGAGAAGGAGGCUUUGGAACAGAAAGACAGGGAAGACUUUGUGCCCUUCACUGGAGAAAAGAAAGGGAGAGUCUUUAUCCCCAAAGAAAAGCCUGUAGAAACUCGUAAAGAAGAAAAAGUGACCCUGGACCCAGAACUGGAAGAAGCUUUGGCCACUGCCUCCGACACUGAACUCUACGAUCUUGCAGCUGUCCUUGGAGUACACAAUUUACUCAACAAUCCAAAGUUUGAUGAAGAAACAACCAACAGCAAAGGUGGCAAGGGCCCCGUAAGGAAUGUGGUCAAAGGUGAAAAGGUCAAGCCAGUAUUUGAAGAACCACCCAAUCCCACAAAUGUGGAAGUCAGUCUACAGCAGAUGAAAGCCAAUGAUCCCAGCCUGCAAGAGGUCAACCUCAACAACAUCAAGAACAUUCCAAUUCCAACCCUGAAGGAAUUUGCAAAGGCUCUGGAGACCAACACUCAAGUGAAAAAGUUCAGCCUGGCUGCAACUCGCAGCAAUGACCCUGUGGCCAUU